CGCGAGUUCGCUAACUGUCACCUAGUUUAAAAGAAGAUAAUCCAUGAUGGCGCGGCAAUGAACGGUAGAAAUAUUCGUUCAGUUAGAGUCUGGAUUAAACUAGACCGCCUUACAUAUGUGAUCUGACGGCUGAGGAUAAUACGACAAAAUGCAGUCAUGAAACGGGUCCGGGCCGAGCAGAUCCAGUACGCUGUGGCUCAGUACCUGAAGAGGAGACAGUAUGUGGAUACUGACAGCUCCCUGAAAGGAGCCAAGCUCUUCCAGUCCACAGAAGAGCUGGCUGCUGGUCUGACUGUGCAGACGGAGUCGGGCUAUGCCAACAUUGUCUCUGCUGCUCCCUGCCAGCCCGACCCGCAGCAGUAUGAGGUCCAGUUCUCCAGGCUCCGCUGCUUCCUCUCAGAAACAGAAAUCUCAUAUGCCCAGGAGGUCAGCAGCCUCCUCUACCCUCUCUUCGUUUAUCUCCACCUUGACAUGGUGCACUGCGGCCUGAAGGGGGCAGUAGACAGCUUCUACGUCCGUUUUCACGACGCCUUUCUUCACGACGGGGAGCAGCGGUCGGUGGUGGAGCAGCUCCGCCACGUUGUCACGGCGCAGGACGUCGCCGCCAAUCCCAAGCUGAGGUCUUUCCUGGAGCAUAAGUAUGUGGUUCACCUGACGGAGCCAGCGCACAGCUACCUGCUGCGCUACCUGCAGAGCGACGACAACAGCGCCAUCUGCAGGGCGCUCAGCACACACCUGCAGGUGGAGGUCACCGCUUCCAGGCGAACCGAGUACCAGCUGUACGGAGCCGCCGCUGGCUCCAUGGCGGCCGCCAACGCCGGCUCCUGGGCGGGCGGAGGCGGAGGCGAGGGCGGCGCCGAGGCGGUGGAGGUUCCCGCCGGGAUCCCGCAGAACGAAGUGGCGCUUCUGGCGCUGCAGGACUGCAUCAAGAAAGUCCGUGAAGGCCCGCCGUCGCUCACCACCAUCUGCUUCUACGCCUUCCACCACACGGAGCAGAUGCUGAACGCGGCAGAGGUUUCGCCGGACAGCCGGCUGCUGGCGGCCGGGUUCGACAGCUCCGCCGUGAAGCUGUGGAGCCUCCGGGCCAGGAAGCUGAAGGCCAAACCGCACCAGGCCGACGUGUCGUACAUCCACCUGGCGUGCGACGUGCAAGAGGAGGAGGUGGACGAGGAGGACGGCUGCGGCAGCGAGGUGAAGAUGCUGCGCGGCCACAGCGGUCCCGUCUAUCGCACUGCCUUCCUGACCGACAGCUCCGGCCUGCUGUCCUGCUCCGAGGACUCGACCAUCCGCUACUGGGACCUGGGCAGCUUCACCAAUACGGUGCUGUACCAGGGCCACGGCUACCCGGUGUGGGACCUGGACAUCAGCCCCUGCAGUCUUUACUUCGCCAGCGGCUCCCACGACCGCACCGCCCGCCUCUGGACCUUCUCGCGCUCCUACCCGCUGCGGCUCUACGUCGGCCACCUGUCCGACGUCGACUGCGUCAAGUUCCACCCCAACUCCAACUACCUGGCCACCGGCUCCACGGACAAAACGGUGCGGCUGUGGAGCACCCAGCAGGGCCAGUCGGUGCGGCUCUUCACGGGCCACCGCGGUGCCGUGCUGGCGCUCGCCUUUUCGCCGAACGGGAAGUACCUGGCGUCGGCCGGCGAGGACCAGCGGGUGAAGCUGUGGGACCUGGCGGCGGGGACGCUGUUUAAAGAGCUGCGCGGCCAUGCGGACAGCAUCACCAGCCUGUCCUUCAGCCCGGACAGCAGCCUGGUGGCGUCUUCCUCCAUAGACAACUCCGUCCGCGUCUGGGACAUCCGCAGCGCGCACGGCGGGGCGCCGGCCGCCGACGGCUCGUCCGGCGAGCUGGUGGGUCAGUACGUGGGAAACACCAGCAACGUCCUGAACGUCCAGUUCAUGGCCUGCAACCUGCUGCUGGUCACAGGAACGGCGCUGGAGAAAACCGAGCCGUAGCAACAAACGACUCCGCUCCGAUUUCACUUCCACAGUUUCAUUCAUGUUGAUGUAGAAUAUCGUGGAAGCCUGGUUACUGAAAUGUUGCCGUGUUUUCUGCAGACGCCGUGGUUUUUACGAUGGAGUAGGAGGGCCAUAAGUAAAAUAAAAUUACCAGGUUAAAGCUGGAAUAAUGAGAAUAAAACAGGUCACAUUUUAAGAAUAAAGUUGUAAUAAUAUGAAAAAAGUCAUUUUACUAAAAUAAACUACGAGAAAAAAGUUCUACAAUAAGAAUCCUAUGAAAAAGUUAUAACAUUACGAAUCGUAAUACACAAUAUAAGCAGUCAUAUUUUGAGGACAAAGUCGUACAAAUGUGAAAAUAACUCAUUUCAAGAAUAAUCCCAACGUACUUCGAGUCUAAAAACUGUAAUAUUUAGAGAAAAGAGUCGAAUUUGUCAUCAGUAUUAUGAUGUUAUUGUAAUAUUUCAACUUUAUUUUUGUAAUACUACAACUUCAUGUGUGUUUUUUUUAUUUAAUCUCGUUUUAUUUAAACUUCGUGGCCCUAAUAUUCCGUCGUAGUUUUUCAUGGUAUCGUAAGAAAGCACCAAAACAAUCAGCAACAAAAAAAAAAAAGGAUUUUCUGUUUCUGAAACCUGAUGAUAUAUUCUUUAUCGUACUGUAAAUGAAGUGUAAAUACGUUUCUGGGCAUUUUUCACUCUGUUCCAUAGGAAUCUGGAUGCACAGCACCAGUAAAAGGGGAAAAAUGUUUUUUUGUUUUUUUUUCUAUGAACAAUAACAUUAUUGAUAACUUGCUUAUUGCUGCAGUUGGAAUAAACUUGUAAGUUUCAGCA